AUGACAAGGAUUGGUGUCCAUGUACCACAACGCCAACCACGCAAGCGACUGCCCGUAGACUUCGAACUCGACGUCGCCGUCGCGGACGGCCCUGUUUCAGUAACGGUAGUAGGUGGAGCUUCAGUUACGGUCGUCGGUCCGUUGGCCGAUGCAGGGAUCCCUGAAGAAGUCGCCGUGGAAGAAGAGGAAGUUGCGGCGGAAGGAGAAGUUGAGGAGGAUGAGGAAGUCGUCGAAGAAGAAGAAACCGUGGUAGAAGGAGAAGAAGUUGAGGAGGAUGAGGAAGUCGUCGAAGAAGAAGAAGCCGCCGCCGCCGAAGGAGAGGGAGUUGUUGAGGAGGAAGAGGAAGUCGUCGAAGAAGAAGAAGCCGCCGCCGCCGAAGGAGAGGGAGUUGUUGAGGAGGAAGAGGAGGUCGUCGAAGAAGAAGAAGCCGCCGCCGCCGAAGGAGAGGAAGUUGUUGAGGAGGAAAAAGACGCUGUAGAAGACGAUGGCAGCGACCCAGUAUCAGAAAUACAAUUGCCAACGCAGAAAGGGCUCUGCACAGAGACCGAUGCCGCCGCUGAUGCCAUCGACCUCCGCACCGAAGUCAAAAUCGAUAGGUUGAGACUGAGAAAGACAGAUUACGUGGUCGCCAGAGGCAUAGGUGGUGCUGUUGGACAUGGGAGAAGCCCAGAUAACGUCUCGAAGGAUUUGAAUAAUGCCCACGGACUGUUGGUUGCUAAGAGAUGCCCGACCACAGAGGAUGGAGCCUCGACAGUUGAUGCCGAGUGCGGAGAUGAUAGGUAG